UGUUUACACUCGCCCAUCCGGCAAGGCCGUGCCACAUAUGUUUCGAUAGUCGGACGCCAUUGAAAUAUGCUACUUCCCCGGUAUUUUUCUUGGAGCCUCCAACGCUGCACGAUGGCCUUCUACGCCGUGGCCAGCGGUCGACGGGCCGGAGUCUACGGGUCAUGGGCGGAGUGCGAGGAGCAGGUCAAGGGCUUCAAAAACGCCAAGUACAAGAAGUUCAACACGCGCCAGGAGGCGGAGCAGUUCGUCAAUGGCAAUGGCUGUAAAUCGCUGUACGCUCCACAGGAUGCGGCGGUGCCUUUGGGUCAGAAGGAAGCGGCUCCUGCUAGUUGGAAGGAGAGGAUCACUAGGAUCGAGAAGCCCAAGUACACAGAGGCCUGGCCCGAAGAGGAUCACGACCUGAUUGAAGAUGAACUGAAUGCUGCCAUGAACGAAGUGGAAGGAGAUCCCAAGCCAUCUAGCAGUGGCAGUUUGGCGGAUAUCCUUAAUCGCAAGCGCAAAGGCAGGGAAACUGGCGAUUCCAGGAAUAAGAUUCCCCGACAUGCAUCUCAGGUCUCAGAAGCCACGGGCCUCAAGCAAGUCGGUGCCUUUCAGUUUGAAAUCGACGCCGAGGGCUUUGUGAUUGUCUACACAGAUGGCUCCUGCAUAGGAAAUGGGCGACCAGGAGCCUGUGCCGGUUAUGGCGUGUAUUUCGGAAAGAACCACCAGCUCAAUGCAGCCAAGCCCGUGGAAGGACGAGUCACCAACAAUGUAGGUGAAAUACAGGCGGCCAUUUAUGCCAUUAAAACAGCUCUAGAUUUGGGAAUCAAGAAACUGUGCAUCAGCACAGACUCGCAGUUCCUCAUCAACUCCAUCACCCUGUGGGUGGCGGGUUGGAAGAGAAGAGAUUGGAAGCUGAAGAACAAUCAGCCUGUGAAAAAUGUGGUUGACUUCAAGGAACUAGAUGAGCUGCUCCAGAACAACAAUAUAAAAGUGAAAUGGAACUACGUGGAGGCUCACAAGGGCAUAGAGGGCAACGAAAUGGCAGAUAAAUUGGCGCGACAAGGAUCCGCCUUGUAUAAGGAGAGAAAUUCCUGAUAAGCGCUUUUUGAAUUUAAGCGCCUUUGUAGUGUGUAAACGAAGUGGCAACGCUGAA